AUAGCCAUCGAAUCUCGUGAUGAACUGCCUCCGCCAGAAAUGCUGAAAAUUAAACUGUUGGAAGAAGCUAACGCUCGCAAAAAUAAAGAUUCAUCGUUUUCUAAACCACAACAUGCGUUCUAUUCGAAAGAUCGGAAGUAUACUCAACGACCGGUUCCUAAACCGAAACCAGAUAAAUUUGCAAACCGAAGACAGUAUCCAGUUAACUACAGAUGUAAUUUCUGCCAUAUCUAUGGGCAUAGAGCAUCGGAAUGUAGGAAGAAAAGUAAAGAAACUAAAAGCAAAUACCUUAGUGAAACUGCGAUGUCUGCAGAAAAUCCGAAUUCCCUGGAGCAAGAAAAAGCCGUAGCAUGCACUAAUAGUAAUUCUAAACACAUUUUUUGUCUGGAUAGUGGUGCCACAUUGCAUAUGUGUAACAGCAAGGAACUGUUUCAAGAAAUUCACGAGGGCUGUGGAAUCAUUUUUCAUCUGCAUUCAAGACAUUGUUAAAAACAGUUGUGAUGAUCUGCAAGUUGCAUCUGAAAAUCUGGUGAAACUAUUAUAUACAUAUCUCUUACCUCAGUGUGCUAAUCCUAGUGAAAUGCCAGUUUCAUAUAAAUUGAAUGAAUCUUCAGGAAAUAUUAUGAAUCAAACCACAUACUCUUUAAAUUCUUCUGCGUCUCCAAAAAAUUCAACAGAGUUGGUUAUAGUUCAUCAAGAUAUUGUUGUAAAUGUUGUUAAAUAUGAUCACAACAGUGUACCAAAUUUGAAUCCUGCUUUUAAUAUUGCAACUUUAGUUAUAUUCAUAUUAAGUAUUAGAUUUUCAUUUAUCAAAAUAUGUAAUAUAGUGUUGCUGUCUGAAUAGGAAGCACAAAAAGAAACUGAAACUGUAAAAUGUGCCUCAUAUUGUCAGAUUCUAUAAGAUAUGACUGUGCAUUCCAGGAAAGAGUAUUAGAAUUUUUCAUUACUGAUUAUUUCAUUUAUUUAUGUAACAAAUUUAAAUUCAAUGUAUGGAUCUAAAAAAAUAUUUCUGAUGCUGUUUUUUAGAAAUGUUACAUACAAUGUAUUUUGCAUUUAUUUUAUUA